CUGUCGUGCGAGAGGCGGCGCACUGAGCAGCAGAAGGCCGCUCCUGUCGGCCGCCCAGGAGAUUCAGAAGUCGUGAGCGAGCAGCUGACUGGCCGGCGCGAUUUGUGUGGCUGCGGCCAGUGGGUUGGUGCACUGCGCUGGUGCACUCUGGUGACUUGACGAACUCUGAAAGCCAGGCUAACGGGUCACAUCGUCGAAAACUGGUGACUUGGCGGUCUCCCACGAACUGCUAACCUUCUGGUGGCUUGACGUCACUGCAGGCAGAGCACCCAUGCUGGCCUGAUGGCCUCCUGGUGAUCUUCUAAUAGCCGUGAGCUGGUAACGUGGUGAACUUUGGUACCCUCGCUGAACUCGUGAUCCCCUGAGGAACCGUUGUUACGGUGGGCUUCUGGUGUUCCGCUCACCUGGAGAACUUUAGUGACCUCUUGGUGACCUCCUGGUGACCCCCUGGUGACCUGGUGACCAUGCAGACGGCGGCGGUGCACCGCUCGCACCUGAUCCACCCGCCGGGCGCGGGCCGACGGCGCGGACACCACAGGGGCUCGGCUGACUCCAACUACUCGCACCCGUCGUCCGACCUCUCGCUGGACGAGGAGAGGGAGAACCUGCGCCGGGAGACGGAGCGGCAGGCGCUGGCACAGCUUGAGAAGGCCAGGACAAAGCCGGUAGCGUUCGCCGUGAGGACGAAUGUCGCGUACGAUGGCGGUCUGGACGAUGACUCUCCCGUCCACGGGUCGGCCAUCUCCUUCGACGUCAAGGACUUCCUCCACAUCAAGGAGAAGUACGACAACAACUGGUGGAUCGGCCGGCUGGUCAGGGAGGGCGCCGAGGUGGGCUUCAUCCCCUCGCCGGCCAAGCUGGAGACGCUGCGGAUGCAGCAGGCGGGCAACCCUCGCCUCCACGUCAAGCCGCCCGCGGCCGGCAACAUGGGCGGUCUCAACGACGUGUUGUCAAACAGUCUGGAUGUAGACCAGAACGGCAUGGAGCCGGCCGUUGGCGAAGAUUCCGACUCGGCAGGAAAGGGCAAACCCAAUCUCACCACCCCGCCGGCCAGAGAAAAGCGAAAACCGUUUUUCAAGAAACAGGCGAGUGAAGAGAACCCGGCCCCAUACGAUGUUGUGCCUUCUAUGCGACCGCUCGUGCUCGUGGGGCCCAGUUUGAAAGGAUAUGAGGUCACCGAUAUGAUGCAGAAAGCCGUCUUCGAUUUCCUUAAAAACAAAUUUGAGGGGAGGAUAAUCAUCACCCGCGUCACUGCCGACAUAUCUAUGGCCAAGCGGAACUUGCUCAACAACCCGUCAAAGCGUGCGAUCCUAGAGCGCACCAGUCCGCGCUCGGCCUGCGUCAGUGAGGUGCUCGCCGAGAUCGAGAGGAUAUUCGAGUACGCUCGAACGCUGCAGCUUGUGGUUCUUGAUUGUGAUACUAUCAACCAUCCGUCGCAGCUAGCGAAAACUUCACUAGCUCCCAUACUGUGCUACAUCAAAAUAUCCUCGCCAAAG